UCUGAAGGAAAAAAAGGGGAGAACACUGGGGGAGGGAGGGAGUGUUGUUCAACUGAAGCUGAAGCAAGCUUUAAGUCGUGUUAUCUGAUCUGUGUAGCAAUUAGGAAAGACUCAUGAUGAAAAGAGGGAGUUGGACUAAAAGGAAGUGUAUGCUACACUUGAAAACCAGUUUCAAAAAUCCUCUUCUGAAUGCAACGAACAUUUAUAUUGUUCAUUUGUACUUGGUAGAACUUGAAGGAAGCUAAGGGAUCACCCAAUCCAUUGUUGUCUUAUGGAUGAAGAAAGCAAGACUGAGAAGUUCUGUUACUUGCCCAAGAUGCCAGAAUUAUUUCUUUUAGGUAAAACUGCUUUGUACUUAUCUAUUUUUAAGUUGAACAUGAUUUUUCAGCACCUCAUCUUUAAGUCAAGGUGUGCCAAUGAAAGACCAUUUAUAUAAUCUCAGAAAGUAAAAAUUCCCUACUUUGACUGGGAUGGAGCCCAAGAUUCAUUACUAACUCCCCUCUUUCUUACCACCAGCCUUACCAACCUCCAGACUCAAGAAACUCUAGAUAAAUUUGGAAUUCAACCAGCUGAAAGUCUGCCUAUAGUUGAACAAAGUGUUUCUCCAUCCAAAAGAGUAGACCAGACCAGUCUACCAAAGGAGAUGGUAAUCUGAAUGAAUAAAAAACAUAUCUUAGAGAUAUUAGAUAGAUUAUCUCAACUUUUUGUGACUUUUUAAAGAAUUGUCUUAUCAUACAUUCCCAAUUUCUUUUAAUUAACAUACAGUUUGCAUAGAGUGCACAAAUCAUAAAUAGAGAGCGUGAUGAAUGGUUAUAUAUAACCACCACAAAGAUCGAGAUAUAGAACGUUUCUGGCAUCUGAGAAGGCUCCCAGUCUAUAGUAAUCACCAUUUUGCUGUCUUCUACCAUCAUCUGUUUGUAGAUAAGCUUUCCAUGGUUUAAGAAUGGAAUCUUACAGUCUGUACUCUUUUGUGCAUAACUCUUUAAAGUCUACAUUAUAUUUCUGAGAUCCAUCUAUGUUGUUGUAAUCUAUUAGUAGUUCAAGUUUUUUAUUGCUAUAUGUAGUAUUCAGUUUCAUGAAUUUAUCAUGUUCUCUUUACUCACUGUAUUGUUGAGGGACCUUUGAAAUGUUUCUAAAGCUUUAGGAUAUUUUUAAUUUAAAGCAGUUAUAAACAGAAAUGGCCCUCAUUUCUGUUGAGUAUAUACCUGGGAGUGAAAUUCCUAGGCCUUUUUGUUUUUUUGUUUUUCUUACAUUAUCAGUUUUGUUUGUUUUUGUUUGGGUUUUGGUUUUUGUUUUGUUUUGUUUUAGCCCUGGACUGUAAUCAGACUUUUCUAAGUUGGCCAAUGAACCCUAACAAUGUACCUCUCUUUAGGCCUGACAUGAGUUUCAGGGGGCAGAUUUCACAGUUUAGAAUGGAACACCAAUAAGGUACUAUCUUUCAUAAUUCAUUCCCAACAGCCCUUCAUAACCUCCUUCCCUCAGGGGUUUUUGCCUGGAACCCUUCUAUUCUGCCUUGAUUAACUCCCUUUUAUUUUAUGAGCCUUAGCUCAGGUCGUGCCUUCCCUGACCAUUCUGAAAUGGAUGUCUCUUUUCCUUACUCCCCAUUUAUAAUAUUGCCCAUUUAUAAGCAGAGAGGACUCUCCGCUUAAGUGUGUCCUUCCUAGCCCUUAUCACCUUGAUCUGAAAUGACCUGUGGAUACAGCAGCCUCUUCCAGGAGGUUUCAUUGCUACAAGACAAUUCGUUCAUUAUGGCAUCCCCGCUGCUUAGCACAGGCACGUUGCCUGGCACAAUGUCAGUCCCCAAUCUGUGUUGACAGUAUUGCUCUUCUGAUGUCUGGUUGGUGUUUCAGCAAUGAAGUCUUCUUCUUUUAAAUCCCCUGAUACAAGGGAAAUCCUCUGGAGUUGAGAAACUUCCAAUGCAAUUUAAAAGGCAAAAUUUCCAUUGCUUUAUGAUCUCGUCUUUUUAAUUCAGCAUUUUCCAUUUUUAUACUCUGUGGAGUUGGUCUCUGAGAAAUGCUGCUAAAUAAGAGAUCUAUGUGGGAAACCUGUUACUCAUCCAAGCAAGCUAGCAAGUGUAGUGGUUUAGUACACAGGUGCCGGAGGCAGCCUGCCAGGCCACACUGGGUGGGUGAUGAUGUUACCAUCCUGCUUCCAUUUCCUCCUCUGUACCAUAGGGUGAAGAGCAGCCCUAUUCUCUGGAGUUGUUGUCAGAAUUCACUGAGGAGUACACCAAACGUUUAGGAGACUUACUGAGGUCCAGAAUGUGCCGGUUACUAUUAUUAAACAGUUUUUCUUUCUACCUACUAGAAAAUCACAGAAAUAGCGCAACUCAGAAUAUACUUACUUGGGGAAAUUCCUGUGUCGUCAAGUUAAAGAAUAUGAACACUUUCUGAUCCAAAAUUGGGACACUGGCUUGACAAGUGUAAAUGUAACUUGCGGCGCUGGGACAUAAUAUUUCAAAGGAGGACUCUUUUAGCAAUCCCGCGAGCAAACAAAUCAAUAAGACCUCUAUGUAACUACAUUUUAAAAUGUCUGUUUUUAAAAAAAUUUUAAGUGCAAGUGCAAAAAUGACUCUUAUUGACUGUGAAGUGAGGACUGUACCUUUUAUUUAUAUUGCACAAACAAAAGCAUCUGGGCUUCAUGCAUCAUUUUCUGAUCAUUUUCUGAUUUAGUUGGAGAAUUAUUACUUGAUAACAAGAAGGGCUGAGCUUCCUUUUUCAAAAUCUCAUGCCAUUUAUCUUAAUUCUGGUGCAUCUGAUAAGAACUUCCUCUAGAGCCAGGAAACUUUGCAAGUAUGAAAUAAUAUGAAAGGAGGACGUAAAGAAGGAAGUAACUGACCAAAGCAAAAAAGGGGAACAUCAAAGCAGGUUUAACCAAAAGAACAGAAGGGAGCUUGGCACAGCAGUCUCAAGGUGUCUGGAUGGCAGAUCGUUCAACCUUCUCUUUCUUGAGUUGUCUACUCUGCCAUUAUCUUCCACUCAUUUCUGCUUCAUUUUGUGAUUCAUUUAUAGAAAGGGAAGUGGAGUCAAGUAAAAUCCCCCCCGACAUCGUGCAAGUAUACAUUAAUGAUUGUACUGUAAAAAACAUCACAUACAACAAAAACGAUCUUCAAAGACUCCGUUUACUCAACCUCUCCUCUAAUUGUAUCAGGACUUUGCCAAAUGAUGUUCUUUCACAUCUGAAAAAGAAAUGCCUGAAAGAGCUUCCAAGAUUGCUUCUUAACUCUACCCUACAAGGAAUUACGCUGGUCUGCACCUGUGAAUUCAUUAAGGGCCACACCACACUACUAAACACUGCUUGUGCAGAAAUGUUGAAAAGCUGUGGAAAUACUUCAGUGGCCGUUUCUAUAGGACUUUCCCUUCUUUUACUGUUGUUGAUCUGUGGAAUUGGGUGUGUUUGGCACUGGAAACACCAUAACCCAGUGCAAUUUACCUUACCAAGGUUUUUGCAGAGGAGAAGCAGCAGGAGAAAAGACUAUGCUAAAACGCUCUCAGAUCCCCUCACUAUCAACUCAAGGCAUAAAAUCUCAGUUCAGACCCAAGACUAUACAUCUUCUGGAAGAGGGGUUAACAUGUAUGACAACUAUGAAAAUGUGGAAGUCGGUCCUCCCAGAGCUAAAGAAGAAACUGAUAAGGAACUAUAUGAGAACACUCGGCCCACCAAUUUCGAGGAGCACAUCUAUGGAAAUGAGACAUCAUCUCAAUAUUACAACUUCCAGAAGCCUAGCACUUCUGAAGUCUCUCAAGAUGAAGACAUAUAUAUUCUUCCAGAUUCAUAACUUUUCAAAACACUGGGUUCAGUUAUUAGAGGAUAAAUAUUCACUGGGACUUUUAUUGUACUUAUGCCAUUGUUAAUCCUGUUCUUCGAGUGAAACUCAAUGAUCUUUUGUCUGUCUCCACCCUUCUGAACCUUCUCUCUGUAUAUCACUGUGGGUUAAUCCCAGGGAUCCCCUUUACCCUCAUUUUGCUAGAUUAAUUCUACAUUGUGUUAUAUUGAUUCUUCCUUCUGUUACCUAUUAUCUUUUUCUUUUAUUUCUCUCUCUACCAUCUUUUCUGGCUCAAGAUUGCUGUCAGUCUCCUAACAAGUCUUUCUGGCUCUAGUGUCUACACAUUCACCCAUGAUGUUGCCAGAUUUAUCUUCAGAAAAUAUUUCCAAUGCUGCAUCACUCCUUUGCUGGAACCUCUUAGUGUCUCCUCUUUGCAAACGACAUGCUAUUUAUAAUUUUUUUUAAUUUUUAAAAUGUUUUUAAUUUAUUUUUGAGAGAGAGAGACAGAGUACAAGUGGGAGAGGGGCAGAGGGAGAGGGAGACAGAAUCCACAAAGCAGGCUCCAGGCUCUGAGCUGUCAGCACAAAGUCCGACACGGGGCUCAAACCCAUGAAGCACGACAUCAUGACCUGAGCCGAAGUCAGAUGCUCAACCAACUGAGCCACCCAGGCGCCCCAAUGUACUAUUUAUAAUCUAACUCUAGGACUUAUGAUUUCCCACAGUUGGUUCCAGUUUACUUUUCCAGUGACUCCUACUAAUUUCUCACUUGUCUGCUUUCCUCAUAAUCAUAUGAGAAUUGCCAGACCCAUCCCUCCUCCAUGGCUUUGUUGGUCUGCCCCCUUUCAAGCCUGCCUCGUAUGGUAACUUCUUCCACAUGUCUUCUGAGUUAUUCCAAACCUGCCUUUACCUUUUUCUUUUCUUAUUUCCUAUAGAUUUUUCUGCCUGUUUAAGUCUCUGGGAAUUCAAACAUAUGAAUGUUUUCUAUGGCAUUUUACUAUUUAAUGUCAUAUGAGAAUGUCUUAAAUUCCUUGCUAAGUAAUAAGGAAGUGCCUCAUAUUCCUAUUUUAACUCCAGUGCCUAGACCAUUAUAUGAGGCAAUCAGUAUUGUUCAAUUGACAAGAAUUAAGGUGUGUAUUUUGCUCAGCAGUUUGGAGAAAAAUCUAAUAAAUUCAUUCAUUCAAGAAAUAUUUUUCAAGUAUCAUCUAUGUACUUUUACUCGGCACAUGGAAGGGGUAAAACGUAUAAGGAAAGACAUGGGUCUUGAAUGCAUAUUGUCUAGUAGGAAAGAAAAGACAAUAAAUAAACAAAUAUGCACUUCUUAAGCUGUAGUAUCUUAUCCCUGAAGUCUUCCUUUGAUAUGCUGUCCUGAAUUGAUCAGGCUGAGACUCUGCAAGCUGUAUUUUUCCUUUGCCAAGUGGACCCAUAUAGGGCUCUGUUCAAAGGGAGCAUCGUGGAAGACUGGUAGACGAUUGGAACCAAAAGGGACUUACUCUUUCUCCUUGGGGCCCUGGCAGGUACCAUUGCCAUGUAAUUUACUCCAGCAUCACCAGUUCUUUGCACUUUCUAGUUUCUUCCAGCAUUCCCAGAAUCAGCUCAAUUGCACACUGUCAGAGGUAACAAGCUCACCUUAGAAUCUGAGAGGCAGCUCUUCAGAGCCUCCUCUGGAGGAGACAGAUGAGACCCUCUGAGCUUCAAGUCCAAGCCCGAGGCAUGGGUGCUCUCUCCUGCAGUCACUGUCUUUGUGGCACCUCAGUGUCCUCUUUAUAUCCUUCCAGUCAACUAAUACCUUUUUGCUAAUUCUCUGUAUUAAAUUCUCCCUCUUAAACCGGUAAGCUUUCUGUUUCCCAGGGUGGACCCCAGUAUAUAAAUAAAAAUGCUUUGAAGAAAAAAAAAACUUUUGUUUUUGAGAGCAAUAGGGUUGGGUAGGGAAGAAUUUUAAUGGAAUGGUCAAAAGAGGCCUCUCUGAAGACACACUUAAGAUGGGACUUAAGGGUGAAAGGAGUUAUCUGUGAAAGUGUGAGAUGGGUAGGGGUGUGAAAAGCUUUUGAAUUUAAUUUAGACAGGGGUGGCUACAGUGCAGAUAAAGCCAUUGACAUAGCUACCUUAAUCUUUGGAGGAACUGCCACAGGACUUACUGAUGGACUCAGUAUGUAUGUUUGGUAGGGAAGGGUUAAGAUUGGGGAUUGUAACAGAGAAGUCUAGAAGAACCACCUUAUUUCUGGCUGGAGCAGCAGGGGCGAUAUAAAGCAUUUCAGUGAGAUGAGGAAGACUUACAGUGGAAACUGUUUUGGAGGCUGUGUCAGGAAUGACUUGGGCUCCCAGUAACAGAAAAGCUGACUACAUUGACUUAGGCAUGUACACCUUCAUUUAUUUCAAAUAAUAUGGACACUGAAGUGAGGCCCUUGAAGGCUAGUGUAUUAGGCUAACAGUACCAUUAGAAAUCCAUGUUCUUUCUCUAUUUUCUCUCUGCCAUCCUUAGUGCUGUAACUUUCAUCCUCAUUUGUAUUAGCUCAUGAUCACCAAAUGAUUGUGGAACGUGCAAGCCUUACAUUUGUGUUCUGGUCCUGAAGGAUAAAAGGAAAAGACCACAUCAGGAGAUACCUAUUUAUAUGUCAUUGACCAGAAUGGUGUUACAUGCAUACAUGGAUACCACCAGGUAUGAGUGGAGGAGAAAUUGAAUUUUGACCUUAGGAAAGGAGCCAAGGGAAAAAGAAAGUUGUAAAUAGAAUGUAAGUCAGUCAACCUACUACCAAAGGGGAAAAAUCAAUUUUGGACCUGUUUAUUCUGACAUGUCCUGAGACCCAAGUAAAAAUCCCCAAUUUGCAGUUGUAUAUACACAUUUGAAUUUUGGAGGAGAGCUCCUAAGUGGAUAUGUACAUUCGAGAGCCAUCAGGAAGCAUUUAGGUGGUAUCUAGAGGAACAGGGAUUUAUGUGAUGACCUGGAGCAAAGAGUAGAGAACCAAUAGAAAAAGGGAUGCAAUGCAGAAGUCCCCCUCAAACUGCAGUAUUCUGAUGUUAGGUCAAUGAGGGGAAUAUAGCAAAGAAGCCUGAGAAAGAAUGGCCAGUGAGGAGGGUAGUAAAUUCUUAAUGAUUUUUUUUUAAAUUUUUUUUAACGUUUAUUUAUUUUUGAGACAGAGAGAGACAGAGCAUGAAUGGGGGAGGGGCAGAGAGAGAGGGAGACACAGAAUCGGAAGCAGGCUCCAGGCUCGGAGCCAUCAGCCCAGAGUCUGAUGCGGGGCUCGAACUCAGGGACCGCGAGAUCGUGACCUGAGUCAAAGUCCGACGCUUAACCGACUGAGCCACCCAGGGGCCCCUCUUAACGAUUUUUAAGAAUGGUGGUUGAUACUGUGAAAUAUAUAUGUUGACACAUCCAUUACAGGUCAUUUUCCAGAGAUAGGAUGAAUAUUUGAUACUUGUUUAUUCUCUUUGGCCAGAAAAUAUAGUAAAAGGACUGUGUAGAAGUAUUUAGACCGUGAUCUUUCACCACUUCUUGUCUUGACUACUUUUUAAAAAUUAAUUUUAAGUUCUUUAUCAAUUGAAAAUCUCUUCCUACUUUUCUUACUAGCAGGUUUUGGUGGGGGUGGGCAAAGGGAACAAAGGAGAUUGUCAUUCACCUUCUCUUUUUACAAUACAUACUCUUCUUCAUCCCUUCUCUGGUUUUGAGUCCCUCUUCUCUUUUUCCUUCUUUCAUUUCCCAUUCCUCCCUCACUUCUCCACCUCACCCUCCCCCACACACCCUCUUUCUUCUCUCUCCGUCUCUCUCUUUGUGUCUGUCUCCUUCGUAUUUUUAUCUGCUUCUUGCAUCCUUUAUUAUAAUAUUUCUCCAUCUUCCUAAAAUCUGAAAAGUAAAAAUGUCCUUGAGAGGUAAAGAUAGUAAAAUCUUUCUGCAUCUAUUGAGAGCAGCAGUUUGUAUUUGUGUUUUAUUAUUAGAAAAGUGACCACAUGUACCACAAUUAAAGGAGGAGAGAUGUCAGGGGUGAGGGAAAGGAGACAGUAGCAUCAAAUAUAAUGAGUGUAGUUUUCCUGUAUACUCCCAGAAAUGCAGGCAAGUUCAUAUCCUGUGACAUGCAGCUAAUCUCUGUGAGACACCAUGGACAACAUCCAGCAACAAUGAACACCUGGCUUCUUCAGAUUGCUCUCAGCCUUCAGCUUGAAACAUUCACCUAAGUCUGCAUUAUACAUCAAUAUAAAAGUAAUAAGAAUAUACCCCAAUAAUGAGGUAGAGUAAUAUACCCCAAUCUAUUAUUGGUCUCCACAGCAAAGGGGCCAUUACUUAACCCACUGAAAACCUUGCUUUACAACAUCUCAAGCCUUGUCAUACUUUAUGAAUUUUCAUCAUUGAGUGACAAGCUAUUGAACAAUAUUAAAAUGAUAUUUUGACUUAUGUUUUGCUUUUUCUGUUUGGGGGACGAUAAACAUGUCAGAAAAUCACUUUGGCUGUUUUUGUUACUGUUAAGAAAUGAGUAUCUCAGACCAGAACAAGGGGGAAAAAAAGAGAUACCGCUUCUAUUUUUGAAGUUCUGAGAGUCAUUGGCCAUAGGUUGUUUUGUACUAGAUUAUAAUCAUCAGCUUUCUUUGCUCUGGAGUCAAGAAUGGGAAGCUUCCAGGUAGCAGGAGACUCCUAAAAGACAUCAGAGGACUGUUGUUUGUAUUUUAAGGAUACUAUUUCAGGAAACUAAGCUCUUCUGGUCAAGAAGUGAGUGAAAUAUGGUCACUUAAUCAGGUAUUGGCAUCAAGAGUGAUGCUCACCUCAUAGAAAUUUUUGGAAGAGUUUGAACAGAACUGAUAUUUCUUCUCUAAGUGUUUGUAUCAGCCAGACUAUUUGAGGCUGGAAUUUUCUAUAUGAGAAUUUUCUAAAUUCAACUUCUUUAAUUGAUAUAGUAGUAUUAAGUUAUCCUUGAAUGGACUCUGGUAGUUUCAUCUUGUAAGUUGUUGAGUUUAUUAUUUUUAAGUUAUUCAUAACAUUUCCUUAUUAUCUUUUUAAUAUCUACAUAUGACAAUAUCACCUCUCUCAUUCUUGAUAUUGUCUUCUCUCUCUUUUCAAAUGGUUUUAUUGAUUUUCUUUAUUGUUUGUAGGUUUCCUUUUUCAUUGAUUGCUGCUCUUUAUUAUAUUUUUUUCUGCUUAAUUAGCUUUACUUAGCUUAUCUCCUUCUAGUUUCUUAAAGUGGAAGCUGAAGUCAUUGGUUUGAGUCCUUUCUUCCUUCUCUGUAUAGAUGUUUAAGACUACACAUUUUUCUGAAAGUGCUGCUUUAAUUGCAUCUUACACAUUUUGACAUGUUUUUAUUUCUAUUUAGAAAAAAUACUUUCUAAUUUCCCUUUUUAUUAUUUUGGACCUUGGGUUAUUUAGAAGUUUGUUAUUUAAUUUACAAAUGUUUGAGAAUUUUCCUUAUUUUUUUACUGAUUUAUAAUUUAAAUUCACUGUGGUUAGAGAACAUAUUUAAUAUGUUUUAAAUUCUUUUAGAUUUGAAAUUUGUUGUGCAGACUAAAAUAGGGUUUAUCUUGGUAAGUGUUUUAUGUGAACUGGAAAACAGUGUAUAUUCUGCUAUUGGGUGUAGUAUGCUAUAAAUGGCAUUUAGUGCCAAUUAGUUCAAGGUGCUUGACAGUAUGGUUCAAGUCCUUUACAUUCUGUUUUUAUUGAGAUACAAUUUACAUGCCAUAAAUUUUAUCUUUUUAAAGCACACAAUUUAGUGGUUUUUAGUAUAUUCACAAAGUUGUGCAAAUUUCAUCACUGUCUAAUUCCAGAACAUUUUCAUCAUUCCCCAAAGAAAUUCCCUUGGCAGUCACUCCCCAUUUUCAUUUCUUUCAUCUCUUAGUUCAGCCUACUAUUAACAUAAAUAUCACAGAUUGGUGGUUUAAAAAAAACAUUUAUUUCUCACAGUUCUAAACUCUGUGAAGUCCCAAGAUCAAGGUGUCACCAAAUUCAGUGUCUGGUUAGAGCUCACUUCCUAGCUCUUAGAUUGCCAUGUUUUCAUCGUGUCCUUACAUGGUGGCAGGUGGAGGGAUCUCCCUGAGAUCUCUUUUAUAAGGGCACUAAUCCUUUUUAUGACCUAAUUACCUCCCAAAGUCCUACUUCCAAAUACCAUUACAUUAGGUGUUAGGUUUAAACAUAUGAAUUGGGGAGGACACAAAUAUUCAGUCAUAUCACCUGGCAACCACUAUUCUUUGUGUCUGUAUAGAUUUGACUAUUCUAGUCAUAUAAAUAUAAUCAUAUAAUAUGUGCUCUUUCAUGACUGACAUCUUUCACUUAAUAUAGUAUUUUAGCAUAUAUCAGUAUUUCACUCCUCUUUAUGGUUGAAUAAUAUUACAUUGUAGGUAUGACCAUGUUACAUUUGUUUAUCCAGUCAUCAGUUGAUGGGCAUUUGUGUCAACUCCUCUACACUCUUACUCAUUUUUUUUUGUCUACUUACUAAGAGAUGACAGUUAAAUUUUCUGAUUAUAGCUGUGGAUUUUAUCUGUUUCUCCUUAUACUUUUAUCUUUUUUAUAGCUUUUGCCUUACGUAUUUUAAAGUUCUAUUAUUUGGUGAAGAAACAUUAAGUAUCAUUAUGUCCUCUUGAUUAUUUGACCCCUUUGUCAUUAUCCAAUCACAGCCUUUAUACUUGGCAAUAAUCUUUGCUCUGAAAUAUCCUUCAUCUGAUACUAGUAUAGCCAUUUCAACUUUCUUUUAAUUAGUGGUAGCAUGGUAUAUCUUGUUCACCCAUUUACUUUUAACCUGUUUGUGCCUUUAUAUUUAUAGUGCAUUAUUUUGUAGGCAGCAUAGAGUUAGGUCUUGCUUUCAUAUCCAAUCUGACAAUCUCUGCUUUCAUUUGGGUUAUUUGUACCACUUACAUCUAAUGUGAUUAUUAUUAUGGCUUUAAAUAUGACAUCUUACUGUUUACUUUCUAUUUGUUCCAACUGUUUCUUAUUUUCUUUUUUCCUCUCAUUCUUCCUUCUUUUGGAAUAAUUGCUUAUUAAAGCUAAUUUCAUUUUAUUCCCUUUUUGGCUUAUUAGUUCUAACCCUGUGGGGACAUUAGUGGUUGUAUUAGAAUUUAUAUUACAUGUUUAGCUGUCAUAGUCCACAUUCAAAUUAUAUGUCACUUCAUGUAUAGUAUAAGAGCCUUACAAAAGUAAACUUCCAUUGUUUUCCCCUAAGCCUUUGUGCUGAAUUUCUCAUACAUUUUACCUCUAUAUAUGUUAUAAACUUAUAUUUGUUAUCAAUACAUUGAUCUUAUUUUUGUUUAAGCAGUCAAUUAUCUUUUUUUUCAAAUUUUAAAUAUUUUUUUAAUUUAUUUUUUGAGAGAGAGGCACACACAGAGUAUGAGUGGGGGAAGGUCAGAGAGAGAGGGAGAUACAGAAUCUGAAGCGGGUUCCAGAUUCUGAGCUGUUAGCACAGAAUUUGACACGGGGCUUGAACUCACAAACGGUGAAAUCAGACCUCAGCUGAAGUCAGAUGCUUAACUAACUGAGCCACCCAGAUGCCCCCAGUCAAUUAUCUUUUAAAUAAAUUUAAAUUAUGAAAGUCUUUUCUAUUUACCCACCUAGUUAACAUUGUUGUCAUUUCUUCUUCUAGAUCAUUAUUUCCAUAUGAUAUCAUUUUCCUUCUGUUUGAAGGACUUUUACCAAUUCCCAUACUGAAAGGCUGCUGAUGCUGAAUUCUUUCAUAAUUUACAUAUCUGAAGAAAUUUUGAUUUCAUCUCAUUUUUGAAAUAUGUUUUUGCUGGGUAUAGAAUUCUAGGUUGACAGUAAAGGUAUUGUUUCAUUGUCUUCUGGACUGUAUUUUUGUCUAACAAGAAGUUCAGUUUUAUUCUGAUCACUGAUCUUCUGUAUAUAAUGUUUCCUUUUCUCCUUGCUGCUUCUAAAAUUUUUGUCUUUCUCGGUGUUUUUCAGAAAUUUGAUUACAGUAUACUUUGGUAUGGCUUUUUUCAUAUUUUUGUGCUUGGGUUGUUCUGAAGCUUCUCAGAUUUAUGGUUUUAUAGUUUUCAUCAAAUUUGAAAGUUUUUUUAUUAUUAUUUCUACUGGGUUUUUUUUUAUCCCUACUCCCUCUCUCUCCAUUGGAAAGUACACUAUGUGUAUACUAGGCUUUUUUGAUAGGCUGAGAAUGAAGUAAUUGCAGAAUAUCCAGAUUAUAGGGUUUAGCAAAUGGUUACAAAGUAAGGAUUAUAGCUCAGAAAUGAGAUCAGGGAUGAAACAAAGAUUUGGGAUAUAUCUGAAUAGAGGUGGUAGAUGAAACUCCACAAGUUUUUUGAUUCCUUUGAAUGAUAAUGAUAUAAAAAGUAGACAGAGUGGUCUGCCCUUAUAUCCUGGUUGUAUGUAGAUGAUUGGCUACUAGUAAAUACAUUGAUAAUUGCACACACCCUCACUAUGGAAGUGUAUUUAUUUACAUUAUCAGUAGCCAGUCCUCAAACUGCCUAAUUUGGGGAUGCUAUAUUCUCUCAUCCUUGACUGCUGUUCCCUAGAUAUUCAUUUUGUGAACUUCUCAUUUCAUUUAGCUCUCUGAUCAAAUGACACCUACUGAGAGCUGACAAACCAAUCUGAAGCAGCCCCCACUAUUACUCUCUGAACUUUUUAACCCUGUUUUACUUUCUGUCAUAGCACUUAUAACCACCUGGCAAAUGUUAGUGGUAUGAUUUUAAUCUGUUCUCUCUACCUAGAAUCUAAGCUCCAUGAAAGCAGAAAUAUUUCUGUCUUCCUGCUUGAUCACCAGUACUUCACUUAUAGGAUAUGCUUCGUUAUGUGUACUAACCAAAUUAGUGAUUUUUUUUCUUUAUGACUAACACUUGUAGUGAAAUUACUGAACUAUUUUGGAAAAUAUCAUA